AUGGAAAAUCCAGCGACUGCCUCUACUCUUGCUCUCGACGAGAUACCACGUGGUGCUCGUGGUUCAAAACGUGUGGCUCUGACAACUCGUUCUGGUGGUUCCCCGGCCGGCCCAUCCUCGUCCAACGAUUCGGGGCCCUCCGACUCUCCUAUGGCGGCCCCUACUGACACUGCUCAGGCUCAUCACACUGAUGGUAGCCCUGACGAGAUCAUGGACGAGCCCAUUUCUGGCUCUAUCUUGCCCGUCGACCCGCCAAAAUAUGAUGACGUUCCGAUGGACAAGCCGUUUCCCGCCGCGGAACCCGGCUCUUCGCCUCCGCGUGUUGAUUCGCGUCCGACGAUGGCUGACGUGCUUGGUCAGCAGGAACACCUUCGCCGCGACCACGCCGAGGCUGACGCUGCGCGUCGUCGGGUUGAGACUCAUAAGCCUCUCGCAAGUGACAUCGAGUGGUUUGAGCGUCAAUACGCCUCUGGUGGUGAUUGGUCGUUCAUUGCUUCUCGUAUCGACCAGGCGAGACCGUAUGCCCUUCCUCGUGCCAACUACGACAUGGUGAUCGCUACUGGUCGAACGCUCGCGAAGACUCCUCUUCAAAGGAUCAUGGUGUCCCUAUCUGGUACACACCACAGGAAUGACUCUCUUGAGGACCUCUACCGCAGUCAUGAGAUUGGCCAAAUCUCCAAGCUGCCUGAAGGUGAUCUCCGCAUCAAGGUGAAGUCAAAAGAAGUCUGUCUCCGCCUUGAGCGCACGAAGGUGAACAUUCUGGGUGGUGUCUACACGUUCAAGGAGUUUGAUGUGCCUUGGUGGCAAGUACUUCAUCGACAUCUCCAACAUGGACUCGGACACUGA